UCAGGCGUUCGAUUGCUGUCAAUCAUUCGUUUCAACCAAUAGCAGCGUUCGUUACUGUGACGUCUCUCUGUAAGUAACGCGCUUGCGUGGAAACCAACCCGAGAGCUCACGCGUGGAGGCCAUGGACUCUCAGAAAGACAUUCAGCCUCCUAAACAGCAGCCGAUGAUCUAUAUUUGUGGAGGUUAUUGCUCUCUUCAUGCUUUUAAUUAUGAUAAGCGCGUGUCAUGCAGAGAGUGCGGUUACAGAAUCAUGUACAAGAAGAGGACCAAGAGAUUGGUUGUAUUUGAUGCCCGAUGAGAUGCAUCUGCAGUUUUCCUGUUAGAAUGCGCUUUUUUAUCUCUUGACUGUGUAAAUACAUGUAACCACUAAUGGAUGAAAACGGAGUGAAAUACAAUUUACAAAACAACUUCUUGA